CACAAUGUAGAUAUGAAUAGGAAGGGCAGGUAUUUUACCUGUGCAGCAGGCUUCAUUAUUAGAGCAGCCUAUAUGUAGGCUAGUUUAUCAACGUCUAAUAGGCUAUCCGACCGAAAUAUAGGAUGAAUUUGUAUAACAGUUUCUGGAGAACAAACGAUGUACGAGAGCGAAGACAGGAACUGCCAUUAUGAAGAUAACGUAAGCGGAACAAGUCGGAGACCAGGGGAAGAUCGUGUUCUCGGCUGGAGGAAUUGUAAAUUGAUUACUGACCCUGCUUUGACUGACGGCCUACCAAAGCUUUAUCGUUACGAUGGACAGUAUUUCAGCUCGCCGAACUCAGGGCUGUUUCCUGUGGAUGCGGUCAGAGACCCACGAAUACGCCGUCUCUGGACUAAACUCCACCGGGCAGACCUUCCAGUCCCACAGUUUCACGCUGACGAAUAUUACGUGGGACCUCCCAAAGAGGUCACUUUUGCAAGGCUGAAUGACAACGUGAGCGAGGCCUUCUUGACUGACAUGUGUCAGAAGUAUGGAGCUGUGCAGCAGGUAGAGAUUUGCUACAGUCCGAACAGUAGGAAGCACCUGGGAGUGGCCAGGGUUAUCUUUUCAGCUGUGAAGGCAGCCAAGGAAGCCGUUAAGGGUUUACAUAACACCUCUGUCAUGGGCAACAUCAUCCACGUCCAGCUUGACCCCAAAGGGGAAAAUCAGAUGCGCUACGUGCAGUUCAUCCUGGGUGGUGGCUACACCCCUCAAACAGUGCCUGUGGGUCCGGAGGCUCUGGAGGCCUCGUCUGCCCUCUGCCUCCCUCACGACCUCAUGGUUGGCGAGCCAAUGAGGAGGCUGGAAUUAAGGUCCUCCUCCUUAGACCUCUGUGCCUCAUUGGAUGCCUCCACGCCACUCUCCCUGGACACCGCCUACUCCAGCAUGCACCAGGACACUCCUAGCAGUGUGUGGCAGACGCCUCUGUCCCUGGACACCCCGAGUACGUCCCCCCAGUCGCACGCCAUGCCCCACACCCCCCCACCGUCGGACCUCUGUCCUCCGCGACUCCCCGCGGCCAAGCUUGCCUCGGCCACCUCGGGUGUCCACCAGGGCCCCCGCUACCCCGUCAGGCUGGUAACCGGUGCCGGUGCGCACCCUCGGCCGGGACCGGGGGCCCCUCGGGGUGGGGGCCGAGGACACAGGAGACUCAAGCACCAGGACGCGUACAACCGCCGGGUGGAGCAUCACUAUGCACCGGGCUCAGCUCCCAGCAGGUGUCGCUCUAGCUCCCCGCCAGAGGCGACGCGGCACGGACGCAGCCCGGGAGCGGGCGUGCUGCAGCACGGACGGUGCCCGAUGGCGGCAACCGCACGGACCCGACCCGAUGGCGGCUUCAGCUGCGCAGACGAGCCGAUGGCGGCUGCAGCCACCGGACGAACCGAUGGCGGCUGCAGCACGGACGAGCCCGAUGGCUCUCAGAUCGAUACUGGUGUGUCCACAGGGUCACACUCCUCUCAGACCCGUCGGGCUGCUGGCCAAGAGAACAGGAAGUCACUCGAUGAACUUCCUCUGUGCGGGUUUGCGUCUCCGAGUGCAGGCGUUGUGCUCUGUGCGGCGGUGGCAGAGGCGGGGAAGUGGAUGGAGCUCUGGGAGGCUCUUACCCAGCGGCACCAGAGCCAUGUCGUUCACCUCCGCUUUCAGAUCCAGAGAAAUGCCUUUAUCCUGGAGCAUGAUGCCAGCCUGGACUCCCGCAUUGAGAUGCUCCUCUCGGGCAAGCAGAUGUCGGGGCUGCCCUUGGUGCCCUCUCCACCCUCCCCCUCUGGGGUGCAGUCUCCCCCUCCACCCUCCCACUCUGGGGUGCAGUCUCCCCCUCCCCCCUCCCCCUCAGUUCCCCGCUGCUGGAGAGACUCCUGCUUGGAGGAUGUCAGCCCGACUCCACUUCCUGUUUUUGAGGAGGGCGAGGUGCGACCCAACUCCCCCGAUGCCCCCCACCCUGCUCCUCUGCGGCCCCCCUGGCCCCCGCUGCCCUUCCUGCCCCGGUUUGACCCCUCGGUGCCCCCCCCGGGCUACGUGCCCCCCCUGCAGCUCCAGCACCAGGCCACUGUGGAGAGCGUGCUGGCCAGGGUGGCGGCCGAGCUGAAGGCCAUCGUGAGGAAGGACAUCCUCCGCAGGAUGGUGGAGGGCGUCGCCUUCCAGGCCUUCGACCUGUGGUGGGAGGAGAAGGUCAAGAGCACAAAGGCUUCUGCUCCAGUGGCGAAACCUCCUGUGUCCUCCAGAGAGGAUGCCAUGACCAGAGAGGAUGCUGUGGCCAGACAGGACGUUGUGGCUCUGGGCGUAGUACUGGGUCUGGGGGCGUUGCGACUGCCCUCUUUUAAGGUGAAGAGGAAGAAGCGCCCAGGAGUGACCUCAGAGCCUCAAACCAAACGGACCUGUCCGUCCCUGUCAGAGGAAGAGGAGGCGGAGCCAGAGAGAGCGGACAUGAGGGAGGAGUCUACGGAUGUGAGGGAGGAGUCUGCGGCGGUGAGGGAGGAGUCUACGGAUGUGAGGGAGGAGUCUCUGGGGCCAGCAUUGGCCGAAGAGGCGUUACACGAAGCAGAGGAGGAUGAGAGAGAAGAGGAUUCUGGGAAGGUGGAGGACUGCCCUGCGGUGUCAGAGGAUGAGGUGGACAGGAGGGAAUUGGGCUCUUUUUCAAAGUAUGGGGAUGAUGAUGACGAUGAUGACGAUGAAGGAGAGAACACAGAAGUCAGGAGGUCACCUCCAAACAGAGAAAAGGACAAACACCCAGAUUAUGAAGUCAUCAGCCUCUCCUCCUCCUCCAGUUACUAUGACAACACGUCAACGUCUAUCAGUUCUGAUUACAUCUCAUCUUCAACAGACAGCACAGACUCGUCCAUGUCUGAAUCCGAUGACGAUGAUGAUGACGAUAAUCAACAUCAUCAUCAUCAUUAUGGGACAUGCCUCACAGAUGAUCAACAUCAUCAUCAUCAUUAUGGGACAUGCCUCACAGAUGAUCAUGAACACAACAGGUGGUCAGGAGGUGCAGUGCAUCUGUUAGAGGGGGCUGCAGAGAGGGAGGAAGAGGAGGAGGAGAUGGAGGAAGAGGAGGAGGAAGAGGAGGAGAGGGAAGCGUGGCUGUCGUCGUCUAACAGAGAGGGGACAGGCUCGGCUGGCGUCCAUGUUGUGCCCUCGCCCUGGUCCCCGUGGGAGAUGGAGAGACCGCCGCCCACCCCUCGUGCCCCCGCCUCCACAGACGAGCGUCUGGAACAGCGUCUGGAACAGGCUUUACUGGCAUGUGAGGACAUCAGACUGGAUGAGGAUCACCUGGAUGAAGAUCACCUGCAGCUGAGGGCGUGUCUAGAGGGAGUGGCCAUACCAGACCCCGCCCUGUGUCUCUCACCUGGGGAGCUCACCUGUCCGCUCUCCCCGUCAUAUGGAGAGGUGUCAGAGGAUCUGGACACAGGGUCCGAGCUGGACGCUGUCACUUUGGAGACGCUGGAGGACUGUGGGACCUUAAGGCCUCCGACCCCCACGGGCUCAGUCAGCGACAGCGAUGCCUCAGACCUGCAGCUGUCGCCCCCUGCUGCUCUGGAGGAGCGUGAGAGCCCCACACCUCUGGCCAGGCUGGACACAGCGGAGGGUGCUGCCGGCGAUCUCCUCUUCCCCCCCCCGCCACCCAACCCCCUGCCCCCUCCCCCCUCCCCGACAGGCCUCGGGGGCUCCCCCUCCUACCCCGUCCCCACCCCCCUGCCCUCCUCCUACCCCCUGUACGAGGACAUCCCUCGGACGCCGGGUAAUUACUCCAGCUCGGUGCAGAGGUCCAGGAGACCCAGCGCAGCCCUGACUCCAGACCAGGGACUCGCAGUUUGCCCUGCCUCCCUCCCCCCCCACCCCGCGAGGGGCCGCCCCCGACCCUGGGCAGAGAGCCCCGGCUCCCUCCCGCACCCAGCGUCCGCCUUCGAGUUCUCCGAGUACCGGAUGCACCUCAGAGAGCCCUGGCAUGGGGACCACCUGGCCAGCGAGCCAAUCAGGCCUGGGGUUCCCCGCCUCCCCUGGCCUGCCAUGGGUCCUGCCAUCCAGCGGGCGCUAAGGCGUUGCACUCCCCGCACAAGCCCUCCGUGGGGAGGUGGAGCCAGGGACAGGACGUUGGGCAGGGAGGAGGUGGACAUGGAGGAGGUGGUGGGGGCCAGGGGAACCUGGAGGACGCACAGGAGGAGGCUGAGGUGCAAGAACACCUCGAGGACCAUGCUGAAGUGGAGGACUACGGAGAGCAGGGAGGAACAAAAUGGACCAGAGUGUGGGCUGCUGCCUCUGCUCAGCACCGAGACUUGCCUGACGUCUGGAGAACUGGAGAACCGGCCUCGCCUUGAGAACCAGCUUUGCCUUGAGAACCAGCUUCACCUAGAGAACCAGCCUCACCUAGAGAACCGACCUCACCUAAAGAACCGACCUCACCUAAAGAACUGGCAGGAGAACCAGCCUCUCGGGCUUUGA